UCUUAGGUAAGCACUUUUCCCAUGGACUGUAUGGAAGAGCAAGGACCAAGAACAAGACCCCAGCAACAACAACCAGAGCCCCUGCGCAGCCCACACACGUCACUGACCAUGACAUUUCAUGGUGUAGAGGGAUGCACUAUGGCCUAACAGAAUCCGGAAAUUAAAGGAUUACUCCUAACUGCCAAACACUGGAGAUCUGGUGUGCCAAAGAUUUCGUCAGCCCAGGGCAAGAGAGCGGUCAACAAGUCUUACUUCUGCUCUGCUUUGUUGACAUGUACAUUUGUAAACUGGAAUGUCUGCUUUUGGUGGAUUUAUAACCGUUCACAUUGGAAAUAACCUCUUGCGCUCACAAAAAGUAUAUACAAAUAACAAACAAUGCAUUUUCUGGACAUUUUUUGUGGAUUUCUAAAUCCACUGAUUGUUUUCCCAUGACCUCUUUUCGUGGUGCGCAUCCCACUGCUGUGAAGAAGAAAUCGAUGAUGGCGAAAAACACAAAUUAUGCCAUCAUGUCGCUGCCUUUCUUAGAACACAUAAACUGCCGAGGGCUUUUUCAAGGACUGUAUCCACCCUCUCACUCCCUUUUUAUUCACCUUCUCCUAUUUUUAUUGCCCUCGGUUGCAGUUAGUAGCGUGCCAGGUUUGGAAUAUGACUGGGGCACGCAACCCAAACUUGUUUGCAUCCCUAUCCCUGCAGAUGCAGAACCUGGUUGUUUUACACCAGGUGGAGCUUCACAUGGGACUUCGCAUGGGGCUUCACAUGGGCCAAACAGCAAUGGACACGGGAAUGGUCCUGGGAAUGGACAUCAUGGCCCAGUUAGCGGUCUGCCAAGUAGUCAUAGCAGUAGUAGUAGCCGACAUGGCAUAUCCGAUGAGGCCAAAGCCACCAUCCUUCAUCUGAGGGAGAGCCUUGUGCGACAGAAGGAGACCAUCUUGGAUCAGCGAGAGACCAUUCGGGAACUGACAGCAAAACUGACCCUCUGCGAGAGCUUUGGGAGAGGGCAUCAUGAUGACAACCAUCAUGGCCCUUCACAUCACAACUCCCAGCAUUCCUCACACCACUAUGAGAGCCACCAUGCUGACCCACACUUCCCUUUAAAUGGGCAUCGCAGUGACCAUCACAGAGGCAAAUCUCCAUAUCUGGGCAAACAUGGAGGCUUCUCUCCAGAACAGACUGGAAAGACCCUGCAGGCGUUGAAGGAGAGGCUGGAAAAUCUUCAGGCAAGAAAUUCUUCCAGUUCCUAUUCAAGUUCACUGAGAGACCUCCUACAGCGCAAAAUCAACACACUAGAAGAACAGCUCCAUCAUCACUAUGACAGUCACUAUGGCCACCAUGAAAAUCAUCAUGGAUAUGGUCAUCAUGAGGAUCACCAUGAUCAUGACGACCACCAUGAUCAUGACGACCACCAUAAUAGCCACCAUAAUAACCACCAUGAUGACCAUCAUGAUAACCAUGACAACCACCAGGCAAACCAUCACGAUGACCAUCACUCCAGCCCCAGCCACCAUCGUAACAACCAUUAUAGUUAUCACUACGACCGUCACAGCGACCACCAUGAUGAUCACCAUGACGAUCACCAUGGCAAUCACCAUGACAAUCAUCAAAAUGGCCAUGAUGAUCAUCAUGACAGCCACCACAACAACAACCACCAUGAUGAUCAUCAUGAUGAUGGCCAUCAUGGCACUGGUCACCAUGAUGAUGGACACCAUGGAAAUGAUGAUCAUGUCCACCAUCCACAAACUUCUUUCAAGCCAACUGGGCCAAGAGUGCCUGUGCGUGGAGCCCUCAACAAGCUAGAUGCAGUGCUGAGUAACCUUCACCUCAAGACUCCAGAACCAGGACCAAAUAAGAAACCCAAGAAUCCUGACGCUUUUCAGAUUGGCUUCCCAAUGCGCACCAACUACAUGUAUGGGCGAAUCAAACGCACCCUUCUGAGCGAGAUCUUCGCCCUCACGGUCUGUCUUUGGUUGAAAGGAGGCUCAGGUCCUGGGAUCGGAACCCCAUUCUCCUACUCUGUCCCGGGCCAAGCCAAUGAGCUUGUCCUGAUUGAGUGGGGCAACAAUCCCAUGGAGCUGCUGGUGAAUGACAAGGCAGUCACUCUUCCUCUUUCUCUGACGGACAGUAAAUGGCACCACCUCUGUGUAACAUGGUCCACACGUGAUGGCAUGUGGGAGGCUUAUCAAGAUGGUGUGAAAAGGGGCACUGGAGAGAAUCUGUCUCCCUGGCAUCCAAUUAAACCAGGAGGAGUCUUCAUCCUCGGACAGGAACAGGACACUCUGGGCGGCCGUUUCGAUGCCACACAGUCUUUUGUGGGCGAGAUGUCGGAUCUGCAGCUGUGGUCACGUAUGCUCACCUCUACUGAGAUCUACAACCAAGCAUCCUGCUCCGGCCACCUCACCGGCGACGUCAUCUCCUGGAGCGAGUCCAUGGUGGAACUCCACGGAGGUGUCACAAAGUAUCCCUUCGACCCUUGUCAUUAAGGAUCUAACCACCUCUGCUUAACCUGCAGCUGGAAAGGUGGACAGUUAUGAAUCUGCAGCGGCUCAUUUAACUAAGCACUUUAUUAGUUUAAGUGUCUAAGAAAUAAAUACUGCAUAUCAAUAAUUUAAGUGUCUAAGAAUUAAAUAAUGCAUAUCAGGAUGUCAACAGACUGGUUGAACUCCAUUCCGUGUUUUUGGUUCGCUUCCAGACACUAUUGAAAGUACUUUGGUAUAAACGUGCAAAAACACUUCCCAACAAUUAAUUACAGUUGGUUUGUACUAUUAAGAUAAGGCAAGGCAAUGUGGACUAUUUUUAUAUCUGUACAAUGUCAAGUGAAAUACACAUUUGCAAACUUUUUUCUUUUUCUUUGGUUGGUUAGACCCAUUUCUAUUUCGCUCUAGGGGGCAGCAGUGAGUUUUAAAGGCCUACAUUUCAUUUAUGCUGCAUUUUUAUAAGCCAGGACUUCAGUGUAGCUUAUAACCUGAGGUGCUCUUUUAGUCUUGCAAAUCAAGAAUAAAUUAUGCUAAAAAUAAACAAAUUGCAUAAUGUUUUUUAUGUAUGUAAAUUUGUAUUAUAGAAAGCCGGAAAAUGUGCAAGUUCUAUUGGAUGUCAAAAGAUGGCAUUUUUUAUAUGUAUACUGUACAAAGAAGACAAGUGUUGUCUGUGGGCAGGUGGGCUGCUGGUAUGGGUUUAUAUACAAUAAGCACAUGCCAGAAAACUAGCGGCUGAAAGAAAACAGUGAGGUGUCCAUGGCAACAUAGCUUAAAGGGGGAUUAAAGAGCUGAAGAGGACUCUCAUUUAGACUCUCCCUCUCUCUUUCUUUCUCUGUCUCUCUUUUUCUCCCUAUCUCUCUCUUGCUUUUUGAUUUCAUAAUAUAUAAUGCACUUUUUGUGUUUAAACACAUGCAUAUCUGUAUCUGAAUAGAGUACAUCACGGUGAAAGUAAAUAAGUUGGUUGCACAUUGCAGUUGUUAUUCUGUGAAAUGUUUUUUUAAAUGGAUACAUGCAUGUGCUGUAGUAAUUUGUGAAAAUCCAAUGGGGAGACAGAUCUGUGUUUGAUUAUUGAAUAAUGAACUUAAGUACAAUAUGGUUUUAAGCAUUUAGAUUACAGCAACACUUAGAUACAUUGUUUUGUGUUAUAUGGGGCUGUGAAAAAAAUUCUUUUAACAUGCAGUUUUUCUAUGUUUACUAAGUUUUUCGUAAUUAUUGCAAUUUAAUAUCAUUUAAAUUAAAUUAUCAUUAAAAUGUAGAGUUUUUUUGUCAUAACCAAUCAUCAAAAUCACUUGGUUUGUUGGUUUCCUGCCUACUGUGAAAUUUCAUUGGUCCAAAAACCGAAUGACGACUCAUUAGGACACAUGUUAGUCUGGGCAAAGACCCCGAGCCCCUCUCAGAAUUCAUACCUCCAGCUGUUUAUUAAAAUGCUUAAAAUCCUGAGGCACUUAUUAGAUUAUGCAUUUUCACUAUUUAAAAACCCAUUUAUUAUUUUAAACUUUUUAACUAGAUGGCCAAAUGUACACCCAGAGAUAGCCUGAAUUUUUAUGCAUUUUUUCCUCUUCAUAUUAAAGGACACUUUACAGAUUCACCAGUUAGAUAAUUAUCCAACCUGACUGGUCAGAUUUAUGUAUGCAUGCAUUUGUAUGCAUUUGCUUGUUUGUGUGUUCAAAAUGGACUGCAUAAAUCAACUGUUAAAACCGCUUAACCUCGCCUUUGGUGUAUAUCUGUAUCCAAAUGCACUAAUUAGUUUUUUCUUUGUUUUGUUUUUCUCUUUCAUCUUUCUAAUAUAAUUGAUGUAUAUAGCAGUUAUAUGUAUAUAUCAUAUUUUUACUCAUUAUUAACAAUAUGUUUGGGCAUGUCUUUAAUGCCUGUAAGCCAAAAAUGUACAAGCUUAACUUGAGACAAGCAUGUAUUCAAUUAUUUGUAAAUAAAGUAAUUGUUUUGAACUAAUCAAAGUGUUUUCUAUUAUUAUUUUUGACAUCUUUGACGUGGAUUUUCAAAUACAUGGUUUCUGGGCUUGUCAAUUUAAGGACAAGGAUAAGGAAACAUAAAUAUGGUUUCACUAUUAAAAAAAAAAAAAAUCUUUAUUUUCCCCCUUUAGCUUUAUAAUAAUGUUUCUAUAUAUUUUUAUUCAUUAUUCAUUAUUAAUUUAUUCAUUCACAUUCAGCAGUAGCCCGAUCACUGCACGCACAAGA